AUGUACGUGGGCUAUGUGCUGGACAAGGAAUCCCCCGUGUACCCCGGCCCCGCCAGGCCCGCCAGUCUCGGCCUGGGCCCGCAAGCCUACGGCCCCCCGCCGCCUCCGCAGUACCCCGACUUCACCGGCUACUCUCACGUGGAGCCGGGCCCUGUGCCCCCUGCGGCCUGGAGCACGCCCUUCUCUGCGCCCAAGGACGAAUGGGCCGCCGCCUACAGUCCGGGCCCCGCGGCCCCCACCACCAGCCCGGCCCCGCUGGCAUUCGGGCCCCCUCCGGACUUUAGCGCGGUGCCCGCGCCCCCGGGGCCUGGGCCGGGUCUCCUGGCGCAGCCCCUCGGCGGCCCAGGCGCACCGUCCUCGCCCGGAGCGCAGAGGCGGACGCCCUACGAGUGGAUGCGGCGCAGCGUGGCGGCCGGAGGCGGCGGUGGCAGCGGUAAGACCCGGACCAAGGACAAAUACCGCGUGGUCUACACCGACCACCAGCGCCUGGAGCUGGAGAAGGAAUUCCACUACAGCCGUUACAUCACCAUACGGCGGAAGUCAGAGCUGGCCGCCAACCUGGGACUCACCGAACGUCAGGUAAAGAUCUGGUUCCAAAACCGGCGGGCAAAGGAGCGCAAAGUGAACAAGAAGAAGCAACAGCAGCAGCAGCAGCAGCCUUCACAGCCACCCCCUCCCGCCCACGAUGUCACCGCCACUCCAGCUGGGCCACCCCUGGGGGGCCUGUGCCCCAGCUCUGCCAGCCUCCUGGGCACCUCCUCCCCAGUGCCUGUCAAGGAGGAGUACCUACCGUAG